AUGUCACUUUGUUCGGAGGGACACGAUAUUCCCUAUAUUAUUCAACAGAGACGUGAUGCCAAACUUCCCCCCAUCCCAAAACGCAUCAUCAUUUGCUGCGAUGGAACAUGGCAGUCUGCCGUGUCGGGAAAAAAGAAUGUUCCAUCAAACGUGACGCGUCUUUGUCGCGCCAUGAACAGUAUCGGAACCGACGAUAAUGGAAAGCAAUGGCAACAGAUAGUCUGGUAUGACUCUGGAAUCGGUACCACUUCCCUUGCCCUUGGAGAGAAAAUCCAAGGCGCGAUUGGUGAGGGAUUGGAGGGAAAUAUUGUGGAGGCGUACAAUUUCUGCGUCUUGAAUUAUAAUCCCGGCGAUCAGAUCAUGUGUUUUGGUUUCUCGAGAGGUGCAUUCACAGCUCGCGCCAUCGCGGGACUGAUCUCGGACAUUGGAAUCUGCAAUAAACACAAUUUGAAUCGUUUCCCGGAUCUUUGGAAAAUUUACAAAAAGAACAAGCCGGGCGAGAGAUUUUUCGGCAGUGAUCUUUGGUUCGAGUGGAUGGAAGGGAAGGCCGACGAGAAGCAAGGUGCAAAAGGCGACGAGUUCGUCUUCUCAAAGAAAGCACAGGGCGAUUGGGCCCAGGAGGGGUCGCGAAGCGUGGAGGUAGUCGGAGUAUAUGACACAGUUGGUAGCAUUGGAAUGCCAGCGAUCCUCGGAGUGAAACUCCCAUCAUGGCUCACUUGGUGGUCGGAUUCAGGCGGUUGGGAAAAUGUUGAUCUUUCGGCCAAUAUCAAACAUGCAUAUCACGCUUUGGCCCUCGACGAGCACCGGAACUCAUUCUCACCCACCUUGUGGUACUUACCACGAUUUGGAAAUGUGUCCGCCGAGCAAGUUGAAGAUCAAAGAAAGGUGGUCGGGAAGAAAGCUCAGGAAUACCAAGAUAUCUUGGCAGAUGCGAUCAAGCUCAAGCGCAGCGGCAAGGGCAGUGAUGAGGACAUCAACAGCGCAGCGCGCCACCUCAACAGGACCGCCAGAGAUCUGAACAAAGAAGGCCGGAAGUUUGUCAAAAUGGAAGAUGACUGGAAACACCAGGAUCACCCUCGAACUUUGAAGCAAGUGUGGUUCCCAGGUUACCAUGUCAAUAUUGGAGGAGGUUCAGACGACAGCCUUCGCAACGAAGGUGAUAUGGAAGAGAUGUCCAGCAUCACCUUUGCAUGGAUGCUUGACCAGAUCAAGCCUCACCUCUCGCUUGAUGAAGAGUAUCUCGUCAAGGAAAGAACCGAUAUGGAGUUUUGGAUCUCCACACUCGGCGAAAAUGAUCAGCAGAAUGAAGGAUCCUGGCCCCAGCGCACUCUUGCGGCCCUAAAGACCCCAUUCCAGAAGGCCGAAAAGAUUAUCAAGGAACGCACCUAUGGCUGGGGUACAGGGCUGCUGGAGGAUAGCUUCACGCCAUUCUUUUACCUCAAUGGAUCGAAGCGACGCACCCCUGGUUACAACUUGCGCGACAAAGAUGGACAGCUGCUUGGCGAUACGUGCGAAUUUGUCCACCCGGUGGUAGGGUUCAGAAAGCAACAGAUUCCAUCAUAUUCACCUCUCGGUCGCGGUAUCAAAUACAACCGUCGCAAGGCAGUCAAUGAGGAUGGUUCCCCUUCUAUAAUGUAUGACCUUGGUGAUGCACGCAAAGAGUUGCCCGAAUGGCGCUUGGGCGGGUUGGAUUCCUAUGAGAGGUUGUUCAUCGCCAGCAAGGCCGCAUACGACUACAUUGAUGAGUUGGACCUUUAUCUUCAGACUGGCGUCAAGACACCUCGUCGAUCGGUGUGGGGAGUCCGAGACAUUGAUCUCGGGAUUGAGUUGCCCACCAUCAAUUCGUCAAAUGCUCGGCAGUCGGCAGAAAACGGCUCCAAAUCGGACGCUAAGCAGGAAGAGUCACAGUCAAAAGAUCUGGGGGAUCAACGCGCUGAAUGGGCCGUAGCAGAGGCCGUCCGUGACGAGUAA